AUGCCUUCUCCGAGUCUGUUCUCUGCCUCUGUGUUUCUCAACCAUACGAAGUCGUUCGCUCCCUCUCUCAACAAGCGCUCUUCUCUCUCUCACGUCCCGUCGUUAUCCCUUUCUCUCGCUUUUUCUGCCUUUCUGCUUGCUCCCCUCGUUUUCCGCUCUAGCGCCUUCGCCAAGGCGUCUUCACCAGACUCGUGGGAUCCUUUUUCUCUGGAAAGUCAGACGUGCGGAACGCAGCUUUUCCCUUCUCGCCAUUUUGCUUCUUUCUCUCUGGUCCUCCCCAACCCCACUGAGGAGCCCCCUCUCUUCAACCGCGCGACCGAUCACGCGGCCAAUGAGAUGCGCAGGAACAGAGUCUCGGUGAAUGCGGGCGCUGUGCGUUUCUCGUCUUACUCGUCUUUCUUGGCGGGUUCUGGCGACUCUUGCGUCUCAAGAACAGGUUCGCCCCUCUUCUCUCGGCGCAGGUUUUACAACCUCGGCGAAAUGGAGGGAGAAGGCCUCCACGGGCGGGGACAGCGAGCUUUUGUUUCAGGUGAGGAGAGCCUGGACGCGUCUCCAGGCCUCCGCAGAAGGCCAGCACCAGCUUCUUCUCUUUCUCGCGGCCAUCGCGAGGACGCUGGACGAGAGGCGGAAAGCACGACCCGCGGCAGCAGAUUCGGCAGAGUCCGGAGCGAUGAGGAGGUCGAGGCACUCUACGCAGGACUGGACUAUGUUGGACAAACCAUCGAAACGUCGAAGGUCAAGUACACCUGGCUGCUAACUAUAAAAGGCGUGAAACAUGAAAUCGCAUUUUUCCACUCCAAGGUGACGGGGAAGAAGCGCCUUGUCGUCGACGGCCGCGUCAUCAACGAACAAUUCACCAUGCGCGCUCACAAGUUCCUCUACAGCUGGCCUCUACAGGAGCAUCUUCUGUCGAUCGUGUUUGAGGGCGCUACGGGGCAUUUCCACCUGACUGUCGACGGCCUGCCGUUCUCCUACUUCAAGCAGCGCAACCGCAUGCAGCGACAUCCUCAUCUCGCAGCCGAGGAGCGCCGAGGACACUCUUCGGUGCUUGCAACCGCAGCCGCGUGCGUGGCCGCAGGCGCCGGUACCUUGCCCUCUUCGGUUGCUUUGCCUGGAUGCGCUGGGGGUUCGGCCGCGCACGAUCCUGCGGAAGGCCCUCGGCGGCCAGGCGCUGUCGCAGCUCGGCUUGGAUCGGCGGGGCUCCAGCCUGCAGCUUCGGCUUCGCAUGCACCGAGAGACGGCGCCUCGCGAAGACGCGAGUCCCACACGGUCGACCAAGCAGCCUGCUCGGCCGCUUCGAGAGGCGCAGAGGCAGGCAGGGUUCCCGGCCACGGCGAGGCACGAAGAAGAGAAGAAGGAUGCAGAGAAGAAGGACGGAGAGAAGAAGGAAGGAGAGAAGAAGGACGGAGAGAAGAAGGACGGAGAGAAGAAGGACGGAGAGAAGAAGGAAGGAGAGAAGGAGGCAGAGAAGAAGGAAGGAGAGAAGAAGGAGGCAACCGGGAAGAAGGAACAGACACAGGAGGACAAAUGGCACCUCAAAGUAGUGAAGAGGGCGUGGACCUCUUAGAGCUGUUUGGAGCGUCGGAGCCGCCACAAGGGGCGACCAGUCUCGCCCUCCUCGCCAUGGGGGAUAGUCUCGUGUUUCCUUCCACUUGCCAUCGGGAAGCGGAACGGUCUGCCUCGUCUCUCGACAUGCUUCCUCUAUCUGUCGUGUCCCCACAUCCACCCGAGGCCGACAGACCCGAGCCUGUUUCCUUCGCCUCUUCCUCGCCUUUCGCCUCUUCCGCUCCUUUCUCCGCUUCCUCCCCUUUCGCCUCUUCCUCUCCUUUCGCCUCUUCCUCUCCUUUCGCCUCUUCGGUUCCUUUCGCCUCUUCCUCUGCUCGGUAUCCUGCGUUUCCGUCUGGAUCUUCUGCGAGUGAUCCAUCUUCUUUUCCUGCAUCUUCUCUGCCUCCUUUUUCACAAGCGGCAAUCGACGAGCCUGUGACGCGCGGCGACUGUGGGAUCUCCAGAGGAGACGCUGCCCUGAGCGCGUCUCCGGCCGGCGGGACACUCCCGCCUUCUCCGGCUGGGGGGCGAGGCGGCUCUUCCUGUCCUCCGGUAGAGUCACGCGCGCCUUCGUGGGCUUUCUCUGCAACCGCCGACUCGACCUUUCCGUUGCCUUCCUAUCCUCAGUUCUCUGCUGCUCUUUCUCCGCAGUGGAGAGGCGACGGCGUCGAAACAGGGACAAGGCAUUCCGUCGCAGGGUUUGAAGCACGAGACCAGCAACUACACUCGCCCGUUCGCCCGUCGCCGUCUGAUGCUUCCUUCGCUCCGUCUUUGGCUUCCUUCUCGUCGCAUCGAGAGAACCCGUUCCAGAGAGAGGCGGGUUUUGCGGGUACCGCGACUGGACUCGGCGAGAGCAGAAGAGACCCAACGGGGCCAGAGGCGAGGCGAGAGGACAUGCGGGCCGAGAGUAAGGGCGAAAACAGUCUGAAAGGAGGCCGCCAGGCUGUCGAGACACCCCAAGGUUUCCUCGCCGGUGCUUCGCGCCUCGACCCUUUUGUUUUCGCCGAGCAGUGGACGAGCCUGCAGCAGGAGGGACUUCCUGCUUCGGCGACCGCCCGACCUCAGUGGCAGCUUGGAGAAGCAAGAGAGCCUCGUGGGGCUUGGCCCCCGGCGUCUUCCCUUUUGCCUUUUGAGGCGCCUGAAAGUGACAGAGCCCCGCCGGCAGUCCCGUGCGGUGCGGCGAGCCGUAGGUCACCGAGCAGGUGGGACGGCCUCGACCCGCAGCCGCAGGAUGUGCCGACGCUAUUGCAGACCGGCGACGGAGAGGCGGCCGAGAGGAAACAACGAGAAGAGGGCCGAGAGAACAGCGGAGAGAUAAAGCGAAAUCCAGAAGGCGCGGAUCCUGUGAACUGCGCGCCCGACAAGGGGACUCGACGGAGCGGAUCGGCAGGCGGCGUCUCAGGGUGGGCGAGAGAGAGCGCGGAAGCAAGAGAACGGAGGAGACAAGACACUCGAACGGGAGACCACCUGCGGGAGGAGAGGUUGGGAAGAACUGUUUUGAGCUUAGGUGGACGGGGUGAGUCGGAGCGAGGCGCGGAGCCGAGGCACGCACGGUCGGGCGGCGCGCGAGAGACAGAUCCGCGGCGCAUGCAUCAAAACCCGGGAGACGCCCCCGAGAGAACGAAGCUCGAGGGGAGAGCGAACGAGAAGGCCGGGCCGGAAAAGGAUCCGUUCGCGGACUUGAUGAGUCUCGCAGGCUCCAAAUUCCACAUCCCCACGCGCACAGAUCGGGCACCACACGGCGAGUCGGGUAACUCUCUCUCGCCCUUUUAA